GAUGUAGAGUAAACAGCUGUGUGAUAUUUGUAUAUCGGACAAUGACAUCACACUUACACGUUAAUCUAUCCGGCAUUACUUUUGUAUUGUGUAUAUCAGAACGCGACUUACUAUUAUAAAGCGUCACCGGAGUCUCUACGCAUAUGAAGAUAAUAUUCAAUUAUUUCAAUUUCGUUUUUUUCUUUCGUAAUUACGUACAUGUAAGUAGUCUGAAGUUAGAUACUAAGAAAAAGUCAAAUGAGCAAUGAGAUGUAGAUGAAUAUUUCCGAGACAAUCUGGUAUCCUCCAUUUAUAAAAGAAACGAGCAAACCUACAAUUCUCAGUCCUACCGACUGUUUCAUGAAUGAAGUAAAAUGAUGAGGUUUCUGCAUUAGAUAGACUGGCCUGGUAAUUCUUCUCUCGUGUCUAUCUUACCUUGGUGGUUAAGAGAAUGUGCAAAUCAUGCCCGUGCUAGGCCGGCCGUCCAAGCGGUCCAGUGGCGGGAAACACCCGCGGCAGACGAUGGAACGACUAAGGGAGGAUACACGUAAAAGCGUGUGGUAUGUCUUUGAUACGCUCUCCAAUAUCUCCACUGGCAAGGUCAUGAAGUCCCAACUCAAGGUGUUGACGUCGACAAUUGGCCUGGUACUGUCUAUGGACAAAGCGGAGGAGAUCCUCAGUAAGGAGAACAGCACGAAUGACUUGUCUUACCUAGAAUUCAUUAAAAUUCUGGAGGAGGAAUUAUUCAGCAAGGUUGACAAUGCCACAUUAGAGAAACUGAAUUUGACAGACAAUGACCUUGAGGAAGUACACAGGAACUGCUGGGUCUUAUACUUCAAAGUUAAAAAAGAACCCAAAGGUUCUAUGGAGAAUCUUAAGGCUCUCCCUGAGGAAGCCUGCUAUAAAUUGUGGAGGGUGUACAACUUCCUCUCGGAGGAGGACGAGAGCGGAAUGCCUCUUCUUCCUGUGAAGAUUCACGUCGAUGAGGCAAAACACGUAAUAGAAACUUUCGUAGGAAGUACAGGUCAAGUGACGUUAUUAGCAAAAAUUGACGACGCGAUCCAUUCAUAUUCAUUGCAAGACGGAAUGUCGUUCCAGACAUUUGAGACUAUGAUUGUAAAUCGUUUCACUUCUGAUCUGACAGAUCUUGCCAUCAAACAAGCAACCAAAGAGCUUUUCCAACAGUAUAUCAGUGACACCAUCAUAAAGGGCAUGCUGUGUAAGCGAGGAUAUCAAGUGAAGAACUGGAAGGACCGCUGGAUGGUUCUCAACACAAGACAGCUUACUUACUACACUGCUUCAGACGAGCGGGAGAGGAAAGGUGACGUCCAACUCGACCAAGAUUGUAAAGUGGAGGUAAUACCGGAUGCAGGCGUAAAAUCUGGUUCUCGACAAAACAGAUUCGUACUGAAAACCCCGGCCAAGCCGUACGAGAUGAGCGCCCAUGACAUCAAGACACGAAAUGAUUGGAUGACAGCACUCCAGAAAGCAAUAGACAAAUGUUCGAAUGAGAACUAUCAUUUCCACAGAAUAGAGGCAAAGGAACGACAAAAGGUUCGUCGGGAGGGACGACGACAAAAGGAAGAAGAAGAGCGACGUAGGAGAGAAGAGGAAGAAUCACUUCAAAAAAUGAAAGACCUGCUCAAAACAAAACAAGAAGAAGAAGAACAACAAAGAUUGCUGCACUUAGCGGAACUAGAAAAGUCCAGAUUGAAACUAGAAGAGGAAGAAAGACAAAGUCUGCAACACGUUAAGGAACUAGAAACGGCCAGAUUGAACCAAUUAGAUCUGGAAGCAAGGCUUCACGCAGAGGAGGCCCUGAGGAAGCAGGAGCAACAGAGACUUCGGGAACUUGAGGAGAUCAAGAAACAGCUGGAGAGGCUAUUGGAAGAGGAAAGGCAGGCCAAACGAGACGAAGAGAUCGUACGGGCGUUACAAGCCAGGUUGCUGGAUGAAGAGAUGGAGAAGAGGGAGGAGCUGGAAACUUUACGGCGGGAACAGGAGCAGCUGCUGAAGCAGGAGAUUUCACGCCGUGAGGGUUUAGAGGAACACCAAAACGAGCAGGCUCGCAAGCUACAGGAAGCGGCAGAGACACUACAAAAGCUCGAGGCUCAAAGACGGGCUGCCGAACAGGAUUUGACGGAGGCAUCAGUGAAACUACAAGAGGCUGAAAAGGAACGUGUCAAGUUGCAACACAAAGUGACGCUCUGGAAGACUCCGACAGUGGGUCUUGCCCGACCUAUACCACCCAGAGUGGGCAAUUUGACCACCCACAGAGGCAGGGGUGCGUUCUGUGAGGACGACUUCCGCAAGCUCAACAAAGACGAAAAAAGCAUCGACGAAACCGGAAGUGACGUUAAGGAAGAAGAAAAGACAGAUACAUCCACUGACAUCACCAAAGACACGAGUGACCUACUGACGCCUACAGAAAUUAAUGAGAAAACAGAACCAACUACCGAAGUUGAUAUUGAACAAGACAACAAGAAUGAUGAAAAGUCUAAACCGGAACAAGAAUCAGUUACAUCUGAAGCUAUCAAAGAAACUGAACAGGCAGAAAACAAAGCAACAGACUCGCCCAUAGCUACGGAGAAAUGUGAAGACUUAAAAUCAGAAUUUGUUGAAAGCACUAUUGACCAUCAAUGACACAUGAACAAGUUUGUUAAACCUAGCGCACUGCUAUCAUGUAAUACUUUGCAGUUUAAACAAUAUCGCCUCCUUUACGAUUUGUCAAAAGGUUGAACUGUUUUAACCUUUACAAACAGCUUUUGCAAAAUGAUUCCGCCAAUACAAAGACAGAACAACACCUAAAGAUGAUACAGAUGGUCACGACAUAUCGUUGAAUGUUAGAAAAAAACACGAAUAUCAUCGUUUUUAUGAUUCCGUAUUGAUUUCAUCCCCACAUAACAUGUAAUAUUUUUAUACAUAUAUAUCUUGUUUAUUAAUUGUUAAGUAAUGAUGAAAUGCUUCACAUUUGGAAUGAAAAUUAAAA